ACAAGCCGCCGUGUUAGCGACGCCUCCUCCUAACAGGGUGCAGGUCCUUGUCGCUGGGUAGAGAGAGCGCGAGGAGGGUGGAGGUGCGGGCCGGGGGCAUCGGACAAUUUAGCCGCAUUGCUAUUCUAUCCCACCCGGGUGACCGCCCCCCACCCCCACACCGAUCGUGAAAGCGGUGCCCCGCCUCGGUCAGCCACCAGCGGGCAGCGACCGAGCGCUAGCUGGCAGGUGGACGGUUCCCUCGCCGGUGUAGCGUGUUAUUGUGUAAUUUGACAUGGAAGUGUCUGUCUUGCUAGCGAGGAAGUGGCUGCUUUGCUAAGGAUGUACUGCAAAAACAGUGGUCAAAGAUCCUCUAUUUGACUGGAGUGCUCUGCCAUUUAUAAGGACCUGCUGCAAGAAUGAAGGUGUGUCGCCCAGCUGCAAACCUGUAAUAAGUGCUGGUCAAUAUGAAUACAGAUAGCGGAGGAUGUGUUCGCAAAAGCGUGGCCAUGUCACUCACGCUCGCGCCCGUGAAGAGGGUCCAGAGCUCACCAAAUCUAGCCUCAGGGAGUGAUCCACACUCGGCAGACUUCAACUCCUGGCGGUCACGCAGUGCAACAGAUGGCCUUAAGAACGGAGACGCCAUCAGCUCCUCUCUGGCUGCCAAAGGCUUCCGUAGCGUCAGACCCAACCUGCAGGAGAAAAAGGGGCCUUUCUCCCCUGACUCCACAGCACGCCACUCCCCCUUCCUCAGCCACAGCUCAGAAUCCCUCGAGUACCUGUCAGGCCUAAUGUCCAAGGCUCUGUCACCCAGCCCGUACGUCGCUAGCGGAGCUGGCGCGGCAGCCGACACCGUCCUGGCCUCCGUCAGCGGCUGCGCGUCGCCCUCUGCCUCACCCGUGACGGUCUCGGCUCUCAGCCACUACUCCUCCUCCACGGCGGGCCUGCUGGAAGAGCUGCAGAUCUGUAGCCUGGACUCGCCCGGCGCCUCGCCCACGCCAUCGCCCACCCUCAGCCACGUCUCGGCUGCUGCCGCCGCCGCUGCUGCCUCCGCCACUGCUGCUGGCCUCGAUGACGCGCUAACAGCCGCAACAGCCACUGUCACUAACGGCCAGGUCCUGUCUCACGCGAUGAACGGGGGCACCCCUCACUCCCAGAGGCCCCUCUCCCCUCCCUCCUACCCUCCUCCACCCGCAUCCCUCCGCCAUACGGGCCUCCUGAGGCACAGUCGCAGCUCAGAAGGCAGUGAGUCGUUCACCAGAGAGUUGGUGGCGUCGGGCUUCACCAGCUUUGGCAGCACAGUGCCCCUCGCCCGCUUCUCGGAGGAAGAAAAAAAAGUGUCCGUCAUCAAAGCCCCCCACUAUGAAGGCAUCGGACCUGUGGACGAGUCCGGCAUUCCCAUCGCCAUCCGCACGACGGUGGACAGACCCAAGGAUUGGUACAAGACCAUGUUCAAGCAGAUCCACAAGGUCCACAAAGCAGAUGACGAUUAUUCUGACACCUACAGUGCAACGUAUGCCAUCAUCAACAGUGAUGACUACAGCGUGCCCCCCAGCGCCACCAUGGCCCACCCUGCCCCAAGGACACACACGUACAGACCUCUCUCCAAGAGCCUCUCGGACAACGCCGGGCACCUCUCCGCCCACGAUCCUUCACCGUCUCCCGUCCCUCCGCCGCCACCGCCACCCAUGCCGUCCCUGCUCCAGCUGAGAGCUCGAGACAGCGACAGAGACACUCCGGAUAUGAAUGAAUGGGGUCCCCCCGACAGGAAAGUGGACACACGGAAGUAUCGCGCCGAGCCCAGGAGUAUUUUUGAGUAUGAGCCCGGGAAGUCCUCAAUUUUAGAGGUUGAAAGACCUACCUAUGAUGACAUAGAUUUAGAGAACGAGCCUUGGUAUAAGUUCUUUUCCGAGCUGGAGUUUGGCCGUCCGCCUCCUAAAAAACGACUGGAUUAUAAUCCAGACGUCUCGGCUCGCCAGCGCAUGGAGACGUCCCUGCCGGUCGCCCCCGCCGACAAGCCCCCCGAGAGACCCGCGAGCGCUGCCAGCGACUACAGGAAGAGAAGGAAGUCUGAGCCUUCAAGCUCCCAAGCGAACGCUCCGUCCUAUCAGAGCCGAGUCGUGACGACACCCAAAGCGCCGGACGCCAACAGGUCCAGCAGCAGCAGCCUAAAGAAACCUGUCAUUCGUUCGUCGCCAUCCUCGCCCUCCCGAGCCAAAGGUGGGGCCGCAUGCGUCAUGUAUUCAAACACUUUGACCUUUCUGGGUCCUUGCCAGCACUCCUCUCUUCCCCCCAUCCCCUCUGGUCCGGAAGGCAGCCCCUCCUGCGGGCAGUCUGCCUCAUGGCAGGGGAAGCACCGGGAUGCGGAGGAGGCGCUGCCUCCCGCUGGCAAGGUCAGGUCUCGCAGCUGCGACGACUUGCUGAACGAUGGCAGCCCGAGCAAGCGGCGCACCUGCCGCUCAGAAAGUGCCGGAUCACUGCUGUGCGACGGUAACAACUCCGAUUCCAAUGGAUCCGCCUCCACUGAGUCUGCGCCUCGCCUCCACAGGCGACUUCCACGCGACUCUCCGGACUUUUUGAAGCUCUACCGCAAGAUGCAUCACAUCGACAGAUCCCAUCUCAUCUCCUCUGAAGUCAUCCGCUCGGUCCGUGCCCGAAUCCUGGAGCUGGAGCAGCAGCCUCACCUGCAUCUGCGUCGCCUCUCUCCUUGGUCACCCGCUAGCGGCAAAGAGGUGCCUCACGAUACGGUGCCGAACCGCAUUUCCGAAUAUGAGCACCUCAUUCAGAAAUCCAAAUCCAUGCCCAACUUGGGAGACAGCGAGGUGCCGUCAGGCGCUACGACGCCAGGCGGCUCGUCGUCUCGAGCUAGCAGUGGCGGUGGCGGCGGCACCCCCAGUUUCCCAAAACGGCGUUUCUCCAUAGAGUCCCUACUGGAGGAAGACGACAAUGUCAACAGACCGGUACCUCACAUCGUGGAUCACUCACAUAAGCCUCGAAGCCCACCCGAGGGCCAGCCUCGUGUUGGCCCAGAACCCACCCUUGGGCGUUCCUAUCUGGCUCCUCCUGUCCCCCGAGCCCCACAAGCCAACCUCGACUACUCUGACAGCGAACAGGACGCUAUCGCCUCGGACCUCAGUGACUUCAUCCAGGUGGAGGGAUCGUCAUUCUGCAGCGAGAGUGACUUCGACCACUGCUCCCUCACCUCCUCAGAAAGCCUGUAUGGCUCCACCACGCACCGCCACCACCUCCGUCACCUCCACCACCACCACCAUCCUGGCCACCAGAGUGUUGGCCAGGGCCAGGGCUACCAACACAGACACCUCAUCAGCUCUUGCAAAGGCCGCUGCCCCGCCUCUUACACCCGCUUUACCACCAUGCUCCGCCACGAGAGAGAGCGAGCACGCCAGGACCACCAGAGACCUUUGCCGCAGAGUCGUGGCAGCCGCUCCCAAGCCCAAAGCUCCCAGUCCCAGCAAUCGAUGUCCAAGCUGGCCUUCCUGGUCAGCCCAGUGCCUUUCCACAAGAAAAAGGGCUCACCGCCAAGCUGCAGGAGAAGCAACAGCACCGGAGGAGGUCGGGGUGGCAGAGCCAAGUCCAAACAGGCCAUCUACGAAGCGUUGGACGCCGCCCUGAGAGACAUCUACGAGCACAUCCAGGCCGAGAGAGGCCACAGAGGCUCCAGGCCCCCCGACGACAGCAUCCUGAGGAGAAUACUCUCCGAACUACUACCGAGCGUGCCCGAGCGAAGCUCCUCGUUGCCGGGGAGGAGGGGUUGCUGGCAUGAGGUUGGUCGCUCAUCUGCCACGCCGUACUCAGACGGGAGCCCGACGGGGUACGCCUCAUACAGGGGCGAUCCACCCACUCCACAGUUACAGUCACCACGGAUACAGUCGCCAAUCAGUGCCUGUUACGCACGCCAUUUGGACGCCUCCAACUACAACGAUUACGGGGAGGAGCAUGGCAAUGGGAACGGUAUCUGUUAUUCAGAGCAGGAUGUCCCCAGGAGUUAUUCUACCAUGGAUGGACGACACACACCCCAGAGUAGAAGAGCCACUCCCGACAGAGAGGUUUCCCAUAAGCAGAUGACACAACUUAUUCUGUUCUCUCUCCUCCAUCAGAAGCAGCCCGCCAGAGCCAUUUAUGAUUUUAAGGCCCAGACAGCUAAGGAGCUGACGUUUAAAAAGGGUGACGCUGUGAACAUCAUAAGGCAGAUCGACAACAACUGGUAUGAAGGCGAGCACCGCGGCCGCGUGGGAAUUUUCCCCAUAUCUUACGUGGAGAAGAUGCCAUCCUCGGAGAAGCAACAGCAGCCCAGCCGCCCUCCCCCGCCGGCCCACGUCAGAGAGAUCGGCGAGGCAGUGGCUCGCUACAACUUCAACGCCGACACCAACGUGGAGCUGUCUCUCCGAAAGGGUGAAAAGGUUAUCGUGAUCAGGCAGGUGGACCAGAACUGGUACGAGGGCAAGAUCCCAGACACGAGCAAGCAGGGCAUCUUCCCUGUGGCCUACGUCGACCUCAUUAAGCGCUCGCCCUCCAAGAGCUCCGCCCACCACCUGGACCACCACGGUUACCCCAGCAGCAGGACACCGAGCUCCACCCCCGUCAAGAGGUUAGUCCAAGAUGCUCUUCAUGGUGGAGGAGACCCGUUCCAGGCAGUGUACAACUACGUGCCUCGCAACGAGGACGAGCUGGAGCUGAGAGAAGGCGACGUGGUGGAUGUGAUGGAGAAGUGUGACGACGGCUGGUUUGUUGGGACGUCUCGAAGAAGCAAGCUGUUCGGGACCUUCCCGGGAAACUACGUCAAGCAGCUACCGUGAUGGAUUCCCGCGCCAUGUGGCCCCGCCCUUACCCUUACCCCUUACCCCACUCAGCACAGCAGGAGAGGUCACCUGUCGACACCUGCCGCACGUGUGUGUGUGUGCAUGUGCGUGCGUGUGCAGCUCUCACUAGCCAUCUUCAACAGAAGACCUCUGAAAUACAAUUAACUUUUUUUAUAUAUAUAUCUUUGUACGCUUAUUUUUCUAUCACGCAAAAACCCACAAUUGUCGCAAAGGAUGGACACUGAUGGAAUGAGUUGGGCGAUCACUUUUGUUUUUUUGGUUUCCACACCCCAAAGACGUUCAGGACGAUGAGUUUUGAUGCUUUUGUUGCACAACGACUCGUAGGAAAACAAGAACUUUUUAUUUCAAUACAGUAAGUCCCCGCCUUUCAUCGCGCACAGUGGACACAUAAUAUUAACAUUUAAAUUAUUUGAAAUAAAUCCAUUUCUAAAACUUUUUUUCUCCUUUAGGGCUAGCGCCAUCAAGCAUCUUUCUAUUUAAGUUACCUUUUUUUUAAUUCUGAUUAUUAGAUUAGGAUUUGACCAAGUGUACCUGUUGAUUUGUCCUAAUCAAGUAUCAUGCCAUUACUACUACCACAUCACUACUAUCAGGAGAACCGGAGUAUAGAGCGGAGGAAGCCACCUGCUUGUGGCCCAGCAAAGUGCAGUAUAUUCGGACACAUGCUCCGAGUAGCCCUGGUGUGCCGCUACGGAGGUCAGGAGAACUGGCGUAUAGAGCGGGAGGAGCCACCUGGCGUGGCCAAGCAAGGUGCACUGUAUUCGGGCACACGCUUCAAGCACACGGUGUGACGCCACGGAGGUUGCUGGCAAAACCUUUGCGUUUUCAGGUGGCUGAUGAGUUUUUUUUUUUUUGUGUUGCUCGAUUCCCCCCCUUGUCGCGGAGCAUUUGGUACAACUAGCACGUGAAAUGGCUUCCUCUUAAAGUGGAUGUUUGUUUACAAGCGAUUUCAGGGGAAGUUAAGACAGGCAGUUAACGUCGCAGGCAGGGGAAAAAGGGAGCGCUUGAUUUGCUCGUACUCGUAAUCUCGCCUCAUUGGGAGCAUAUUUUAAAAUUAUUGCAGCUAUUUUUAAUGUGGCCAGAUUUAUCGUUAUGAUGUCAUAAUUCCCUAAUAUCGGCCCGAUAAUUAUCGUGCACCCCUAAUUAUUAUUUUUUACGGUGUAAAGCAGAGAGAUGAAAUCUGCAAAUGGGCGGGGAUUUACUGUAUCACAAAAAGGCGCAAACGUGGUCAGUUUGCUGUCAUGCUAGGAUUUGUUAUGCACUUUAACUCAACAAACUUGUGUAUGGCUUCAAAUUUCACCAGAGUUGUAGCGCGUGUGUGUGCUGUUUGUGUGUGGGGGUGCGGGGGUGGCCAGGUUGCUUUAGUUGUAUUUGCACACCGGCCUAGACGAGGACUGUAGCGUCAUUUUCGCUUUUAUUGCCACCAGUUAGCGCGGCUGUUGAAGGACUGUUUGUAACGAGCACGAAUGAGUUCAUUAACAACUGCAUCGUUUUAUUUAUAGCAGUGGUUGUAUUUGCAAGCUUUUCCACCAGGAGGCGACAUUUAUGACUUUAUUUUAGCUACACAGGAGUAUGUAAGAAAUGUAGGAUUUUAUUUUUCACGUUCGUUUAAGCACCUUAAGAUAUAUUUUUAAUCAUAAACUUCACAUCACGUCUUUGUCAUCCAAUGUGUGUGUGUGUGUGUGUGUGCGUGCGUGCGUGUUUUGUAAGCUUUUUGUAUGUACUUGUCCAGUAUCCACAUGCUUUAUAAAAUCAGCUUUUUCUCACUCCA